GCGGCCGGCGGGCGGCGAUGGCGGCCGUACGGGGCCUGCGAGUAUCGGUGAAGGCUGAGGCCUCGGCGGGGCCGGCCUUGGGACUCCCGUCGCCUGAGGCAGGGCCCGGUUUGGAGCGUGGGGAGCCGGAGCCCAUGGAGGUGGAGGAGGGCGAGCUGGAGAUUGUGCCGGUGCGGCGCUCACUGAAGGAACUGAUCCCGGACACAAGCAGAAGAUACGAAAACAAGGCUGGGAGCUUCAUCACUGGAAUCGAUGUCACCUCCAAGGAAGCAAUUGAAAAGAAAGAACAGCGAGCCAAGCGCUUCCAUUUCCGAUCAGAAGUAAAUCUUGCCCAAAGAAAUGUAGCCUUGGACCGAGACAUGAUGAAGAAAGCAAUCCCCAAAGUGAGACUGGAGACAAUCUACAUUUGCGGGGUCGAUGAGAUGAGUACCCAGGAUAUCUUUUCCUAUUUUAAAGAAUAUCCUCCAGCUCACAUUGAAUGGUUGGAUGAUACCUCCUGUAAUGUGGUUUGGCUGGAUGAAAUGACAGCCACACGAGCCCUUAUCAAUAUGAGUUCUCUGCCAGACCUGGAUAAGAUAAGAGGCAGGGAUGCCAAUGAGGACAAGUCAUCUGAGAAAAGCAAAAAAGGCAAGCAGGAAGACAGUUCAGAUGAUGAUGAGGCUGAAGAAGGAGAAGUUGAAGAUGAAAACUCCAGCGAUGUAGAGUUGGACACAUUAUCUCAGGUAGAAGAAGAAUCUCUGCUAAGAAACGAUCUUCGUCCAGCUAACAAACUUGCUAAAGGAAAUAGGUUAUUCAUGAGAUUUGCUACAAAAGAUGACAAAAAGGAACUUGGAGCAGCCAGAAGAAGUCAGUAUUACAUGAAAUAUGGGAAUCCAAAUUACGGAGGCAUGAAAGGAAUUCUUAGUAAUUCUUGGAAGCGAAGAUAUCAUUCCCGUCGCAUUCAGCGGGAUGUGAUCAAGAAGAGAGCCCUGAUUGGGGACGAUGUUGGCUUGGCUUCCUAUAAACACCGACAUUCCGGACUAGUGAAUGUUCCUGAGGAACCCAUUGAAGAAGAGGAGGAAGAGGAGGAGGAGGAGGACCAGGACAUGGAUGCAGACGACAGGGUAGUGGUGGAGUACCACGAGGAGCUCCCAGCUCUCAAGCAGACCCGGGAGCGGAGCACAUCCAGGCGGUCCAGUGCCAGCAGCUCAGACUCUGAUGAAAUGGACUAUGAUCUAGAACUGAAAAUGAUUUCCACUCCUUCACCAAAGAAAAGCAUGAAAAUGACUAUGUACGCUGAUGAAGUGGAAUCUCAGUUGAAAAAUAUUAGGAACUCCAUGAGGGCAGAUACCGUAUCCACAAGCAAUAUCAAAAACCGAAUUGGUAACAAAUUACCACCUGAGAAAUUUGCAGAUGUCCGGCAUUUAUUAGAUGAAAAACGUCAGCACACACGUCCACGGCCAUCGGGCAGCAGUACUAAAUCAGAUAUACGCCAGCGGUUAGGAAAAAGACCACAUUCUCCAGAAAAGGCUUGUAACCCCAUUGUUCGGAGAGAGCCCUUUUCUGAUGUACAUAGUAGGCUAGGUGUUCCCAGGCAAGACAUUAAAGGCCUCUAUUCUGAUACUCGGGAGAAGAAAUCAGGUAGUUUAUGGACUCGCUUAGGAUCUGCAUCCAAGACCAAAGAAAAGAACGUGAAGAAAGUGGACCAUAGGGCCCCUGGCACUGAGGAAGAUGACUCUGAGCUGCAAAGGGCAUGGGGGGCUCUGAUUAAGGAGAAAGAACAAUCUCGCCAAAAGAAGAGCCGGUUAGAUAACUUACCAUCUCUCCAGAUUGAAGUUAGUCGGGAAAGCAGCUCUGGUUCAGAGGCAGAAUCCUGAUGCCCUCAGGGCUGAUGGCAGCUGCCUUAAAGCUUGACAUUCUUGCGCAGGGUGGGGCGCACAGUAGGAACCUCCCCUGCAGGAGUCGGUGCCCCUCCUGCAUUUACUCAUACAGCCACCCUCAGCCCUUGCUACUUUAGCAAGACCUCUUAAGAAUGUGAUGUGUUUUGAAGGGCAUCUGUCUUUUGCUGCAGAGUUAUAGUUCUGGGCCCUCGGUUUUUCUCCUACCACCCCACAAGCUUUACCCUUUGAGAAAAAGGCAGCCCUCCCGAUUUUGUAGACUGUUUUUCUUAAUAUUUUUAACAUUGUGUCUUUUAAAAGAAAUGUUUUACACAGUUCAUCCAAAGAGCAGAGAACUGAACUUCUCACUAUUGCCUUGGCCCCGACAGCUGUUACCAGCACCCUUUUCCCAAGAAAAGUCAAUUCCCAGGUGCUUAUUGGACAGCCUUCGAGGGGGAAGAUGAGGGAAGCUGCCAGUUCACCCUUCCAGGACCCUAGUGUGGGGGCCGAAUCUCAUGGACCUGACCUCAGAGGUGCACCAGUGCUGCCCAGGUAGAUGAGAGACACAGCGUCGGUGACCGUGCUUCCGUUGCUCCCUGGGGAUUCUGUUAGGAACCUCUUGCUAGCGAUCAGCUUGAAGUGAAGAUCAAGUUCAGUGCUGUGGGAUUUUUAGGAACAAAAAACAGACUUCUGGAUUUGGGGUGGGUUUUUUUUUUUGUGCUAGGGGCGGGGUCAUGGAGUAAUAUUGAACAAUUUUUAAGUUUGUAUUAUGUUUAAAAAAUAUUAAUGGUUUAAAAGUUAAAAUUUUUAAUUUUUAUAUGUGAAAAUACUUCCUGUUGGCUAGAAGGGAAGCUCAAGUGGUGUCUAAUGUGCUGUUAAAUAUAUAUUAUAUACUUUGGAAGAAGGCAAAGAGAGGAGUCUCAUUAUUUUUAAAUGAUCCUAAUUGUAUAGUCUGUUGUACAUAGAGUUCAGCUUGCUUUUUGGCCAUUGUAGGAAAAAAAGAUCCAUCCAUCCAAGAUGGGGUUUUAUUGUUUAUUAUCCCUUUAGAAGUAAUACAUUGAUAUUCUUUCUGUCUCCAAAUUCUGGCACCUGAAGACAUCUUCAAAACUCGUAAAUAAGAGAGUAGUUGAUGAAAUUUUAGUUCAUUUAUUUUUAAACUCCUUUCAGAUUAUUUUAACCACAAAAAGGCAAUGGAUUAUUUUGUUUGCUGUCUGAUUUUUUAAUUUUGAAGCAUUUAAUAUUGGCAUUCCUCAGUAGACUUAAAAAUAGCAUUUCACUUCAGUUCACCAGGGCUUAGGAGUUAGAGAUAGAAAGGCCUUUGUCCUUUUUGUGGUGUGCCAGCGCUUCACCGGUCUGAGCGUCUCAGUGCCCAGUGCAGCCCUGGAUUCUGGAGCUCUUUGCUUGUGGCUGAGCUAAAAUUAAUGGUCACAUGGGUAGUUGAUUAAAUUCAGAACACUAUUGUUAAAGGGCCGUGAGACUUGAGGGCCGCAAAAACUAUAUUAUCCCUUUUUUGUUGGUUAACCUGUUUUUUCUUUCCUCCCUUUAGAAAAAUUAGAGCAUAUAACUAUGAUAGGUUUCAGCUUCCUAACAGGAUUCUAGGGAAAAGAUGGUUUAACUUUCUCUGCCAGUUGAGACCUAAGGUUCUGAGGCUUCUCCACUCCUCUUGGCUCUUUGAAGCACACAGCUGAGAGCUAGGUUCUCGAGGAGGGUUUGGGGAAUUGGCCGAGUGUGAUGUAUAAGGCCCUGUGAGUCAGAGGCUGGGAUGCCAGUCCCUGGUCUGCCGCAGGGGCCUGGGCCUUGGUUUCUCUCUCUAGCAGAUGAGCGGGCUGGUACCAGAGCUUCUGGCUUUGUUGGUGUGACCUGGUGGUGGUUGACUUUGCCACAGCUCUGGCUGCAGUGAGCUGGCCAGCACCGGUUUCUGCUGUAGAUGGCAGAAGGGUCAAGGAGAAGGGUCAAGAGACAGCUGAGCUUUGCAUGAUGAGGCUGUGACAGGGACUUACCCCCAACCCACUCCUGUGUCCGGGCGGGACAGAAGUCUUUGAGGUCAGGAUCCCAGCUGACAUGGCCUCUGCAGUGUUCAGAAAGUGCCCCCCUAGGCUUUCCUCGGGGUCCCCAGUCGUGGCCCUUCCCCAGCCCUAGCUGGGGCCCACCUGUUCCACGGCCUCUUAGCUCUCGCCAGGCUCCUGCUAGGCACCAAGGAAGACUUUCUGGAAGGGUGAUGGUGUGUAGUCAAAAUUGGGUCUUUGAUCUAACCAAAAAAAAGGCCCGCUUUAGGAGCCUGGCAAUUCGUAUAAACCCAGAGAGCACCAAAGGGCAUCUUUAAGGGUUUUAAGUUUAUUUCUGACAGUUACUGGCCCUCACCUCCCUUGCUCUCCGGCUGCCCUCAGGCACUCAGAUUUUGCAGUAUCUCAGGCGUGCCCUGCAUGCCCAGGCCCUUUCUUAGGAGUUUGGGGGCACGGCUGGGCAGUCAGUUCAGCCCCCUGGCAGGCAGCUCAGUGGGCUUCCUACUCCUCUUAGUCUUUACAUGCACAACGUUUUAAAUAAGUUUUUGCUGCUUGAUAAUAACUCGAUACCUCACUUCUGUUUCCCACUCUUAUUCUCGGAAGAGGUAUCCGCUCCCCCUGGGAACCUGUGGGGCCCUCCACAGGGUGCGAAUGCUCUUCGCCUGGCCUCCUCCGGCCCAGGCCCCUGAACCCCUCCCCGUAGUUGAAGCGCUGUCUUCUCCUGCUCCCUCGCUGGGGCAGCCUCUUCACUAGAGUCGCCUCAUCUCUCCCUCUCUGUUCCAUGCACUGUAUCCAGGAUGAACUUUCCUUGUAGCAGCUAAGAUAUAAUUUGUACACCAUACAGUUCGCCCAUUUAAAGUACAUCCGUUGCCCCAUUUAGAACGUUGUCAUCACCGAAAAGAAAUCUCAUACCCAUUAGUAGUCAUUCCUCAUUCCCUCCCUGCCCCCGCCCCCUACCACAAGCAACCACUGUUUCUGUGUCUAUGGAUUUGCCUAUUCUGCACAUUUCAUCAAUGGUUUCAUACACUUGGUGGCUAUUUGUGAUGGGCUUCUUUCAUUAAACAUCUUUUCAAGGUUCUCCAUGUUGCAGCAUGUACCAGACUUCAUUUCUUCUUAUUGCUGAAUAACGUUCCAUUGUAUGGCUGUACCACAUUUUAUUUAUCCAUUUACCUGUUAAUGGACGUUUGGGUUAUUUCUGCUUUUUGACUCUUACGAAUAGUGCUCCUGUGAACAUCUAUGUACAAGUUUUUGCGUGGACAUAUGUUUUCAUUACUCUUGGGUUAUAUACCUAGGAGUGGAAUUGCUCAGUCAUGUAACUCUAUCCUUAAUCUUUUGAAGAACUAGACUGUUUUCCCAAGUGGUUGCAUCAUUUUUCGUUUACCCCCAGCAAUGUACAAAGGUUCCAAUUUUUCUACAUCCUCAUGAACAACUAAUUUCUAAUGUAAAUUGGUGUCUUAUGAUUUUGAUUUGCAUUUCCCUGACGACUAAUGUUGGCUAUCUUAUCAUGGCUUUGGGAUGCUAUGCUCCUUCUUAAACAGGUUAUUCCUGUUAUUUCUCUGCUUAAAACCAUUCCAAAGCGUCACCAUUGCCUGCCCUCACUGGUGUGGCUCAGUUGGUUGGAGUGUUGUCCCGUACACCGAAAGGCUGAAGGUUUGAUUUGUGGUCAGGACACACAUGGCAGGCACCCAGUCAAUGUUUCUCUGUCACAUCGAUGUUUCUCCUCUCCCUUCCUC